AUGGCCGGACCCAGUGACAAGGCGCGUUUCUACCUCGAGCAGUCGGCGACCGAGCUGAACGAGCUUGAGCGCAAGAAAAUCUUCACACGGGAAGAAAUCAGCUCCAUAGCGAAGAAGCGCUCGGAUUUCGAGCACAUUAUCAAUGCACGCGGCUCGCACCCCGAAGACUACAUGCGAUACAUUGAGUUCGAGAAGAACGUCGACGCCCUCCGCCGCAAACGAAUAAAGCGCCUGGGUGUACGGUACAAGGGCUCUGGUCAGCGCACCAUCUACUUCCUCUACAACCGGGCGACGCGCAAGUUCUCGGGUGACCUGGUGCUAUGGAUGCAGUAUAUCGACUUUGCGCGCAAAGACAAGGCAUACAAGCGGCUGAACGACAUCUUCACAUCUGUCGCUCGACUCCACCCCACCAAGCCCGACAUAUGGAUCCUCGCGGCCAACUACUUCAUGGAUACGCAGGCGGACAUUACGAAUGCGCGAAGCUACAUGCAGCGAGGACUACGCUUCUGCAAGAACUCCGAGGUUAUGUGGCUGGAAUACGCAAAGCUGGAGACCAUUUACGUUGGCAAGAUCGCUGGUCGGCGCAAGAUUCUCGGUCUGGACAUUGAUCGUACAAAGAAGCCAGGCACAGACGAGGACGGCGACGAAGACAUGAUUGCGCUUCCGGAAGUGACGGCAGAAGAUGUAAACCCCAGCCUGAAGCAGGACGAUGGUGUGGACGAGGUGGCGCUGCAGAACCUGGCGUCUGCGCCAGUGCUCACUGGUGCUAUCCCACUGGCAGUCUUUGACUCCGCCAUGAAGCAGUUCCAGGGCAAGCCCAAACUCGCGGAGAAGUUCUUCGACAUGUUUGCCGAGUUUAGUCAGCUAGCCUGCAUACCACGCAUCUUGCAGCACGUGCUAGAUUACCUGCAAGAGAACUCUCCCCAUGCCGUUGAAACUGCCAUCUGCAGGUUCCGCAUGCUGCUAUUUGGCUGCGACCCAAGCGACCCGGAGAUUGCCCUUGCAUUGAGCAAGGCCCUGGACUUGAUAAGCUCUACCGUUCAGCAACAUCCCAAGGAGAUUGCCUCCAUCUCCGAAGUCGCUGUUCGACAAUUGUUAUCUCUGCAUCGGUUACUCGCGGAUAGCGAUUCGUCCUUGCAGAAGGCGUCGCGUGCAGCACUCCGCAAGUAUGUGCGAGCGAUGGAAGACGGUCAAGGAUCCGGCGAUCAGGUUGCUAGAUUGGGCGAAUUGCUGCGGAAGCAAGGGAAGAAAGACGAAGCAAAGUUGCUAUCUCAGACAGGCAUCAAGUACUGGGCUGCGAAUGAAACGCUCCAGAAACUUUCUGCCGUCACGGAAACGUGA